AUGGCCCCAUCACAAGAAGAUCAGGGUCCAUACUUGUCCCUUUUCAACCACAUUUUUGAAUUCAUUCGAAUUAUAGAUGGAGAGAGUGCUACUCUAGACGAUAAUGACAAUCGCAUAUCGGAUUUCUAUAGCAAUCACGAUCCAGACACGCUUCUCGUUACUAAAGAGAAGGGUCAUAACCAUCACGUUAUACACAACGCUACUACCUCCAUCAAACCUACACUAGAUGAGGUUGAAUCUAUAGUGUUCAUUAUAAAAUCAAAAGGAGCUUUAUUGUUGGACAAGCCAUUGGGAUCUCAACUAAAUAUCAUAAAUCUCCCAGUAAGCACUGACACCAGAAGCUCAAACGACGUGCCCAUUGACGCGUUGAAGUUGGCUCUAGAAUUGGGCCUUCUCCCCUUUUAUAACCUCAUAUCCUCGGAAGGUGGCUCAAUCUUGACUAGGAAGAGGUUCAAUGAAUUGUCGUUGGCGUUACAAACAACACGAUCAAUUCUGAUCCCCAAUCUACUCAUCACUACUCACCCCAAAGUUAAAAGUAUAUUGGCGGGAGAAAUCGUCAUUACAUCAGAUUUACUUGACGACAUUGCAUUCAUUAACGAAUUGACCGCCAUCUCAAAUGACUGGAUCAACCAAGUACAAUCCAUAAUAAAAGUUGCUCAUUCAACAUCCGAGAGUAAAUCAAUCCAGGAUGAAAUGCAAUUCUGGAAUACAAUAGAAUUAGCAUUGACAUCAAUCGAGAAGCAGAUAAAAGCCCCAGAAGUUAUAACAACGUUGGAAAUCUUGAGCAAAGCUCGUAAAUUCCACGUCACAUUAAGUUUUGAAAAUGACAUUGGUAUAAAGGAAGUGCUUUCUACCGCAGCAUCUUACAGAGCAUUUUUUCGAGGUAUGCCUCUCGACGAACUUUUGGACACUGAGUUAACCGACUACGACUCUUUCCGUAAUGCAGUAUACGAUGCAUUGUCCCAUAUGAAUCAAAAGUUGUCCCUAUUGCCUACGUCUUCGGGAGUCAAUAUUGUUCAAUUGUUGUUGGUAGAUGUUGUCAGAAAACUACAGGAGUUGGUAUCCAAACAAGAUAUUAUGUCUCUAGAAUACAGGACGUUUUUGAAACACCAAACAACCGUGUCAAAAAUUACUCAAUUGAUAAAAGACAAGGUCAAGUUGACGACAAGUACCCUACGUGAACUCGCUAGGAAACGCCAGGAAAAGGUUAAACCAAUUUCCAUUGACGAAACAGGGCUAGAUACUCUCGAAUUCAAGUUUCUGGUAUUGACUGCUUUCCGCGGAAACCAUGAAAGCUUGAUGUGUAGCGUUGAAAAUGCACUUGAUGGUGAUGAAAAAGCAAAGUACGUUCAAGAGCUCAUAGAUGCGUACAACAAAUAUAUCAUUCCAAUCAAUGCUGCAGACACAUCUCAUGAAGGCAAGCUAGUUUGGAAAAUGCACGAAACCGCAUACAAGCAAGUUUUUAAUUCUAUAUUCACAGUUGUUGUUACGAAAAUCAAUGAUUUUCUCGAUAAUGCUGAGCAGUUUUCUGACUAUUUGAACAUAUACCGCCAAUUCAUCCCUAAUGUUGACCCCACGAAUGAAGGAGGUGCACCCUUCAUGAUAAUACAAGACACUUAUAAGCUUAAAAUACUUGAUCGUGCAAUGAUGGAAAUUCAGUGGGUACGAGAAGACAUGGACAUUGAUACAGAUGUCAUUAGUGAGAAGAUCGUGCAUGAUAUGGGCUUAAUAUCCAAGUUGAAGUAUUACAGAGAGUCGUUGAGCCUUCUUUUAGGUCAUGAAUGGGUGAAUUACUCAACUGGCUUAAAAAUUGACGCCUUGACAAGUAAUUUAAGUGCUACCUUGAGUCCAGAGAAGACAUUUGCAAGGUGGCUUGCUAACCACAAGCCUCUAGAUCCUAAUACGAUGGGACAAGUUCUAAAGCACACUAGAGGCGUGGAUGGGUUGCACACGCUUGAGUUAAACGUGGACUUGGAUACCCUUCAGCAAUUUGAGGAGGCACUAGUUUUGCAGAACUUUGGUCUAAACGUCCCAUUUAUGGUGCCUUACAAAAAACAAGUUGCCUUAUCUCACAUGGCAGUCGAACUUGAAAAUAUAAUCUUCAUGGUUCAAAGGGUGUUUGCAAUAGCCCAUGAAGGAGGUAAGGCCCGAUUUUUUGAUUUUGUUUCAGAUGAUAUGUACAAACUCACACCCCUCGUGAAACAACUUUCCAAAUUGGAAUGGAUUCAUUUGUCGCAAGCGAUUGAUUUGGUUAAUCAAAACGACGCCUUGUUGUUGAGAAGUGAUAGCUUGGUUGAAAUGCAAGCCUUGAACUGCUUACACUCAACAACCCAACUAUUGGCACGUAUAAAUGCACAAAUCGCCAAACUUGAAAACUUUUUUGUAUUUAUGGAAGAAUGUGUUUCUCAAUUAAAAACUGUGCCGUUUGAUGCAAUCCACAUUCAGGAAAUCUUGGGUAAAUUGCAAAACAAGUUGGACGAAGUUUCGUUGGAGAUAAACUCCUCAGUUACUCGUUUGACUGACUUGGUUCGUUGGGAAGUUCAAAUUUGCCUAUAUCGAAGGUUACAUGAUCAGUUGGCUAUCCUCCAUGAGGUAAUUUCUUCGGAAACGAUAGAGUUGCCUGAUGCGCUGGAGCCAAUUGCAUCUUUCACUGCCUUCAACCAUAGACUUACAUUUCAUGAGGGUGUAAUUGUUUCCAACCCUUCCUUGACAGAUGGAAGAAAUCAUCUCUUCACGAUAACCAACGAUAUCGUGGCCGUUGUUGGAGAUCGAGACUUUUGCAAGAAUGGGAGAGAGAUGACAACAGUCCGUGAUGAUACCUUAUAUUCCAUGCACGAAUCUACCAGUCAAAUUUUGAACGUUGUUAAUGAGAAGAUCGAUCUGAUUUACGUCAAUCUUGAAAAUUACAUUGAGAAAUGGAAAAUUAUACAAAACUUUUUGGAUGCAGACCUUGACGAGGGGGACAUGGACUGGAUUCUAUCUCGAGAUGAAGGCAUUAAUAGCUGGUUCAAGACGUUGCAAAAAAUAUGUGAAUUUGGCAAGAUGUUUGAUGAACCGAAAGUCGCAUUUGGCAGAUUGGUCUCCAUUGAUGUAAAGCAAAUGGUGUCAAAGUUUUCGGUUCCAUACGAAACUUUCAAGAGACACGUGAUUACACAAUUUGCAUUCAAGUUUGCUGAAGAAGUCAAGAGCUUGAACUCGUUGAUCAACAAGGCCCAGAUCAACUUAAAUAAGCGCCUCAACUUUGAUCUGAUAGGCAAAGAACUUUUUCUUGAUUUGGGAAACAUGAGUCAGGUACGUGAUGAAGCUUUGGAGUGGGAAAACUUGAUAACUUUAUUCAGUACUAUCGAGAAGUUCAUUUCGAGGCAUCGAUUCAAGUUUCCUCUGGACUGGUUAUACACGGCACAACUAGAGGCAGAUUACUCCAAAGUGCUUGCAAUAUUGAAAGAGAAGUUUAAGUUAUUGGAGAAAAAUAAGGAAGUGGUGAUGUCAACUCUCAAACAUGAAUCGCUAGAAACAAGUAAAGCUUUAAAGAGCUUGAACAUCGAGUGGGAACAAUCAAGGCCAGUUGAUGGUGCUUCGAAACCGGCAAAUGCUCUUCAACUUUUGCAUGAUUUCCGGAACAGGUUUGAAGACUUCACGUCGUAUGGUGAAUUGCUUAAUAGAGUUGCAAAGGACAUGGAAGUGGCCACAGCAUUCAACGAUGACAUCCUGGAAACGAUGGACGAUAUUAUUCAUCUCAAACAAGUUUGGUCCUCUGUAAACGGGUUGUGGGAAGAUUUGCAGCAAUUGAAGCAUAUACUUUGGAGCAAUUUUGAUCCACAAGGUGUGAGUCUGCACUUGCACAGCAUUAUGAAUUCAAUCAAGAAACUCCCGUUUAGUACUCGCCAAUACCAGGCAAUCGAUGACAUACGAACCGAAGUUAACCGUUACUUGAAGGUACAUCCGAAAUUGUUUCAAUUGAGCGACUCCUCACUUAAAGAGCGUCACUGGAAAAAAAUAUUGGACCAGUUAUGUCCAACGUUUCAAAAGGGCGACAACCUUACGCUUGACGUGGUAUGGAAAUUGGACUUGGAUUUGAAUUUUCAAUUGUUGCAAGAUGUGUUGGACCAGGCACGAGACGAGAGAACAAUUGAAGACAGCAUCAGCAAGAUUGACCACGCUUGGUCUGAAACAUACUUUGAGCUAUUCAAUCACGAAAAUAAAUGUCGUUUGGUAAAGAACUGGGAUGCCAUUUUCGACCAGUGCGAAGCGAAUCUUGAAGUGAUUAAUUCGAUAAAGAAAUCCUUAUAUUAUGAUACUUUUGAGAAGAGCGUUUCGGAAUGGGAGAGCAAACUAAAUACUCUUCAUGCAGUUUUGGACGCGUGGGUCGAGGUCCAACGUGAAUUUAUACAUCUCGAUGGUGUACUUGGUAAGAAUAACAGCGAAGUCCGCAGUUUAUUGCCAUUGGAGCAUUCGAGAUUCCAGAACCUUAGUUUUGAGUUUGUAUCGCUUUUGAAACAAAUUUACAAGUAUGAUCAUGUCAUUGAUAUACUUGUGAUUGGAGAUAUCCAGGACCAAAUGAACCGUUUCUUGAGUAGUUUGAACAGAAUUCAAAAAUCGUUAUCUGAAUAUUUGGAGAAGCAGAGAGAUUUGUUUCCCAGAUUCUUUUUUUUGGGAGAUGAGGAUUUGCUCGAAGUGAUUGGGUUCUCAAAGGAUAUUACAAGAGUCAAUAAACACAUGAAGAAGAUGUUUGGUGGCGUUUCAAAACUCAAUUUUGAUGGUAAUAGCCAUUCAAUAAUAAGUGUGGAAAGUGAAGAAGGCGAAGUAUUAACAUUGAGUCAACCAAUUUCCUUGGUGACGUACCCAAUGCUCCAUGAAUGGCUCGCUCAACUUGAACUUCAAAUUCAGCAAACAUUGAGGGACCAGGUGGCUUUGAAUUAUGUGACGUGGGACGACCUUCUCAAGUCAGGAAUGGAAAACGGGGUGUUGGAGCUUUUGAGUAAAACUACUGGCCAGGUUGCAAAUCUCUUGAUCCAAAUUAUCUACACGCUGUGGAUUGAAAACUCAAUUUCGUCUGACAUGGCCAAUGUUGGAGCAAGAACUGAACAGCUCAUCCAAAUUUUCACUAGCUUACUCAAAAAAUGCCUGGACACACUAACCCGGAAACGGUCUCAAAAUAUAAUCAUUGAGCUUUUACAACAACAACAUCUCAUAAACACUCUUUGUGAUGCAAGUAUAAAAAGUAGGAAAGCACUUUGGUCAGUACAGCAAAAGUUUUAUUUUAAUCAAACCACGUUCGAAGUCGUGAUGAAGCAAGCAUUCUCUUCCUUUGCAUAUGGGUUUGAGUACUUGGGUAUCUGCGACAAGUUGGCGUACUCUCCUUUAGUCAAUGACUGCUUUUUGAGUAUGACACAAGCUUUAUCAAUGAAGUUAGGGGGCUCUCCUGUUGGUCCAUCCGGAACCGGAAAAACCGAAUCGAUCAAAGCUCUCGGACAAAAUUUGGGGAAGAUGGUGGUUGUGUUUUGCUGUGAUGAACAAUUCGACUACCUGUCCAUGGGGAGGAUUUUCCACGGGCUAUGUAGAGUUGGUGCUUGGGGAUGCUUCGAUGAGUUUAACCGGUUGGAAGAAAAGAGCUUGAGUGCAGUAUCUUCACAAAUUGAAACAAUUCAAAAAGGGCUUCACGAUGCACUUGAGCUGAUUGAGUUGUCAGGUCAAUUUUUGCAAGUUAAUCCCGAAACUGCCUUGUUUGUGACCAUGAAUCCGGGGUAUGCUGGUAGACAAGAGUUGCCAGAAAAUUUGAAAAAGUUGUUUAGACCUUUUCAAAUGGUGAAACCUGAUGUUGGAGUAAUUAUAGAGGUGUUACUAACAUCAAUGACUUUUGCUUAUGCUAAAGAUUUGUCAAAGAUUGUUGCUCAGUUUUUUACUGAGAUUGCGGCUAGUGUGUCGAGCCAGAAGCACUACGAUUUUGGGUUGAGGGCUAUAAAGACAGCACUCCGAUUAUGUGGACAAUUGAAAUAUAAGGAUACCGGGAAGGAUGGAGACACCAAGUUGAAAGAGCUCGCAAUAGUGAAACAAAGCCUACAGCAAACUUUAUUACCAAAGUUAGUUUCAAGUGACAUCAAUGCAUUUGAGCGUUUGCAAGAUCAUUGUUUCCCAAAUGUGAUUGUUGCAUUAUCAUCUGACGAAUUGCGUUCACAAUUGGAAAGGAAUUGUAAUGAAAUGGGGUAUCAAACGAGCCCCGAAACCGUGGAGAAGGCUUUGCAAUUGGCGAACAUUCAAGAUUCCAAUCAUGGGAUUAUGCUAUGUGGAGAGUCAGGCUCUGGCAAAUCGACUGUUUUGAAAAUAACUAUGAAAGCGUUGUCAGCUAUUGAAGGUGUUGAACACACCUCAGUCGUCAUCAGCCCUAAGGUAUUUGCCAAAGACCAUUUGUAUGGUAAGUUUGAUAACCUCACAAAGCAGUGGACUGAUGGAUUAUUUACUAGUGUGUUGCGCAGAAUUUUAGAAAAUUCGAGAGGUGAAUUGGGGAAAAGAACAUGGAUUGUAUUUGAUGGGGAUAUUGACCCAAUUUGGGCAGAAAAUCUCAAUAGUGUUUUGGAUGAUAAUCGGGUGCUUACCUUGCCAACUGGGGAGCGUUUGCUGUUGCCCUCGAGUGUCUCGAUUGUGUUUGAAACCACGAAUUUAAAUCAUACAACACCCGCUACCAUUAGUAGAUGUGGAAUGAUUUGGUUUGAUAGAAGUUCAAUAUCGAGCCAGAAUUUGUACACACAGCUUCAUUACCGACUCAGUCACAAUAACUUUCGCUUUGAGGAUGAGAGUGUACAGAACAAACCUCAUUUAAUUGGAUUGGAGAAGAACUUGAUGGAUGAAGUAGUAUCAAUGUUAACGCCAAGUUUGAUUGAAUGGUUAGAUGGUACUGCCAGAAGGCUGGAGCACAUCAUGGAGUAUUCUUGCGAAAGAGCCAUCCACUCGUUAGAGUCGUUAGUCUGCAGCUAUAUCAGAGGUAUAUUACCAGAAGCCGCUUCGUUGGAACUAGGAUCCGUUAAUAACAAAAGAUUUGCCGGUAAGAUCAUCAUAUUAGCUCUAGUUUGGGCAUUUGCUGGUGACUGCAAUUUUGAAGAGAGGGUUCAGUUUGAGCAAGAAGUUAAAUCGUCUGAAAAGUUUGCCUUCCUUGACUUUCCAGAGGGUCAUAUCUUGGAUUACGAAGUGAGUUUCCCUGAUGCCGAAUGGAUCCUGAUAGAAUCAAGAGUCGAAACUUUGGAUCUACAGCCGCAAGAGAUUACAAAUCCAAACAUCAUUGUGCCCACAGUUGACACAAUAAAACACGAAAGUUUGAUAUAUGCAAUGAUCCAGGAACGCAGGCCUUUAAUCUUGUGCGGUCCCCCAGGUUCUGGAAAAACCAUGACCUUAUUCAAGGCACUAUCAAAAUCUCCACAAAUCGACAUUCUUUCACUCAAUUUCUCAAAGGAGACCACUCCCCAAGCCUUGAUCAAGUCCAUGGAGAGCUUUUGCGAGUAUAGGCGAGUAAAUGGAGGAGUGUCUCUUUGUCCUAAAAUAAACGGGAAAUGGGUCGUUGUGUUUUGUGACGAGAUAAAUUUGCCUGGCCUUGACAAGUUUGGCUCACAAACAGUGAUAUCAUUGAUAAGGCAAAUGGUUGAACAGAAUGGAUUUUGGAGACCAAGUGAUUUGCAAUGGGUGACUCUUCGUAAUAUACAAUUUGUUGGUGCUUGUAAUUCGCCAAAAGAUCCUGGUCGUUACGAAUUGAGUGCCAGUUUUUUGCGUCAAGUGUGCUUGGUGCAAGUGACUUAUCCAGGAACUUCUUCCUUGUUUCAAAUUUACCAAACUUUGAACAACGCAAUUCUUAAGUGCGCCCCCGCUAUCAAGCCAUUCGUGAACCAAAUAACCAGUGCCUGCAUAGAUAUAUACGAGGAGUCAAGGGCCAAGCUUGUGAAUUACGUGUACUCGCCACGAGAGUUGACAAGGUGGGUUAGAGGAUUAUUCGGUGCAUUGAAAAGCUCCGAGUACAAAGAUUUGGGCCAGUUUUUGCGGUUGUGGUACAAUGAAGGAUUGAGGCUAUUCUACGAUAGGCUAUCUACAAAAGAAGAUAGGGUAUGGACGUUGGACUUGUUUUUCAAAGUUUCUGCCAAACAUUUUCCGGGUAUGGAUCUCGAGACAUGCUUCAAGGGACCUGUGUUUUUCACCGAAUGGUUGUCAUCGAAGUACCAAUCAGUCAGCAAUCAAGAACUUCAACGUUUUGUUAAAGAAAGGCUCCGGGUGUACAGUGAAGAAGAAAUAGAAUCAGAUUUGGUGUUGCAUGAAGAGAUGCUAGAUCACAUUUUAAGGAUUGAUAGAGUUUUGAAACAACCACAGGGCCACUUGAUCCUUGUUGGGUCGAGCUCCAGUGGUAGAACUACACUUACCAGAUUUGCGGCAUGGAUGAAUGGAAUUAAGGUGACCCAAUUGAGUGUCAAGACUGGAUACAAUAUUGAGGACUUUGACGAGUUUUUGAGACGCUUGAUAUUACGAGUAGUGGAUGGCGAGAAAAUAUGUUUGGUCAUAGAUGAAUCAAGUAUGAUUGAGGCUUCGUUUAUUGAGAGGAUGAAUGUUUUACUAGCGAACGCCGAGAUACCGGGGUUGUUUGAAGGAGAGAACCAUGCUAGUUUGAUAAGUAAAUGCGUGGAGCAAUCUCAAUUACAGGGGUUGUUUCUUGAUUCGGACGGUGAAAUCAGUCGAUGGCUCACGGAUCAAAUAGCACGGAACUUGCAUGUCGUUUUCACAAUUAGUGCAUCCCAGAGUGGCAGAAGCAACGAAGUUUUAUCUUCGCCAGCUUUAUUCAACAGAUGCGUUUUGAGUUGGAUGGGAGAUUGGUCAAAGUCUUGUUUGCACGAAAUUGCGUCAUCAAAAUUGAACAAUUUGAUUUUGGACCCACCAAAGAUUACUCAAAACGAGGAAGAUCUUAGAGGAUUGGACACCACCGCAAGAAGCUACAAAGACACUGUCAUUGAGUACUUGAUAUUUGUUCACGAGAACAUGUGUCAUCUAGAAUUUGUACACGAAAUUAGCACACCAGGCAAGUUUUUGACGCUCGUAGACACUUUUGUCACAUUGUGCAAUCAAAAGAGAACUGAGGCGUUUGAAAGACAGAGACAUAUUAUAGUGGGCCUCGAAAAGCUUCAAGAGACAGUGAUACAAGUGGAAAAGAUGAAGGUGUUUCUAGCUACUAAAGAAAAAGAAUUGGCGGAGAAGAACCAUGAAGCCCGAGAGAUGUUGAAUCAGAUGCUUUUAGAUCAGAAUGAAGCUGAAAGGAAGCAAGAGUUUUCUAUAGAGACGCAAGCGGAAUUGGAGAAGCAAGAGUCGGAAAUUCUCUUGAGAAGAGACACAGUUUUGAAGGAGCUCGCAAUGGCUGAACCCGCUGUGUUAGAAGCACAAAGGGGGGUUCAAAAUAUCAAAAAACAGCACUUGACCGAAAUCAGAAGUAUGACGAAUCCUCCUGCUGCGGUGAAGAUGACCAUGGAAUCUGUCUGUGUCUUGCUAGGCUAUCGGGUGUCCAGUUGGAGAGACGUACAGUCGGCAAUCCGAGGAGACGAUUUUAUCCCCAACAUUGUAAAUUUCGAUUGCGAACACCAGCUACCAACACGACUUAGAGAGUAUAUGGAGCAGACCUAUUUGUCAAGACCUGAUUACACAUUUGAAGUGGCUCAUAGGGCUAGUAAGGCGUGUGGGCCGUUAUUGGAUUGGGUUCGCGCACAACUUGCAUAUUCUCUGAUUUUGAAAGAAGUUGGUCCACUUCGUGAGGAAGUUAUGGUGUUGGAACAAAGAACAGCCAAAACCAAAACACAUUUAAUUGCAAUCGAUGAAAUGAUCAAGGAAUUGGAAGUAAAGAUUGACCAGUGCAAAAAUGACUACAGUGAAUUGAUAAGAGAAACGGAGAGAAUAAAAAUGGAGUCUUCUGAGGUUCUGCAAAAGCUUCAGCGUAGUAUGGCGUUAGUCAAAGACCUCGAAAAUGAAAGGCUUCGAUGGAAGGAUUCCGUGAAAUUGUUUGAUCUUGCAAAUGAACAAUUGGUUGGUACAGCUUUGUUGUGUGCCUCCUUCGUAACGUAUGCAGGUGCACUGGAUGAAAAGGGCCGUCGCUAUUUGCUCAAAACAUGGAAGAAGUGUUUACGCGAUUUUGCUAUAACAUACGACGAGGGUCUACCAAUUGCCGAGUACUUAAUUGGAAGAUCUGAACUUCAACGUUGGCUCGAGAAUGGAUUAUCAAACGACGAAUUUUUCAAAGCAAACGUGGCAUUAUUGAAAUGGGUAGACAAUCCAAUAGUAAUAGACCCCUCAGGAUCCAUUGUGGAACUUAUGUCCAAGUCAUACCCAACCAACAUGCUCACGGUGACAGCUUUCGGCAGUGAAGGCUUUCUCAACAGUUUGGAAAACUCAUUACGUUUUGGUGGUGUGAUUGUUGUAGACGAUGCAGAGCAGUACAAUGCCAUUGUUAACGAUUUGUUGAGGAAAACGAUACAUAGAAAUGGUGGGAGAAUGAUGAUUGAACUUGGAGGGAAAUUUGUGGAUUUUAAUCCUGGGUUCAAGAUGAUUAUGUGCACUAAGGUACACGAGCUAGAGCUAACUGAUUUUGUGCGGUCAAGAACUAACCUUGUUAACUUUUCCAUUACUAGUGGAAGCUUAGAAAGUAGGGUUCUUGACAAAGCUUUGCAAAUAUCACACCCCGAGCUCGAGAAACAAAGAGCAGAGUUGAUCAUUGCAAGGAGUGAGAUUUUGAACAGUUUACAAAAUCUUGAGGAUGAGUUGUUGGUGUCAUUGAGUGCUAGUACAGAAAAUAUUUUGGAGGACGACAACUUACUUGCAACUUUGGAAACAUUGAAGAAAAGUUCUGUGGAUUUUUCAAAGAGGCUUGAGAAUGCGAAAGAAGUCAUGGCAGAGGUGGACAAGACAAGAGAGACUUUCAACAUAGUUGCCAAUCACUGUGUGGCUAUUAGUCUGUUAUUAUCGUCUUUGGAAAGGUUCUCGAAACUUUAUAAACUCUCGAUGCCUGGGUUCUUGAAGCUUUGCUUUGAUGUCAUGAAACGAAGCAACUGGCUGGACAUCGCAAAUCUUACUUUCAGCAUAUACUGCGAAGCGUUUGAUGUUAUCUCCCCAACAUUGGCUUAUGAAGAUAAAGUGGCAUUGGCGAUGACAUUAAUUAUUGUGUGGAACAGCUUUAACAUGAGUGGGACUUUUAGGGACGACAUUAAAACUAUCAUGCAACACUUGAUUGCGCAAGAGCGUUUAGAUGAGACAUUUGCAACUGCUGUUUUGGAAAGGUGCCAACUAGAGGAAACUAAGCUGCACAGUGGAGUACUGGACAGGACUAUCACAAAUGCGCUUAAGGAUCUAAUGGAGCUGGCAAGUGAUUCGAAGAUGCGCAUCAUUGAAACUUUUAGUCAAUUUUGCCGCCCUCUUUUCCACGAUAUUCCAUUUGAGUCAAAAUACAAUACACAACAUUGGAUCGAAAGCUAUCAACUAGUUUUGGCAUUGGCACCCAGUGGGUUUGAUGUAACAUUUAAGCUACUCGAAGUAGCUGAGGCACUAAACCAGAAAACAAUGUUGGUUUCAAUGGGAUCAAAAGAGAGUUCUGAUGUUGUUGAGAAAGGAAUCAAGAGGGCAAGUAGUGAGCCACUCUGGAUCAUUGUUCAGAAUGUCCAUUUGGCUCCCGCAUGGUUAGCCCAUUUGAAAGUCAUGGGGUCCAGGCUAAACUUGCAUGCAAAUUCAAAGCUACUAAUGACAAGCAAUUCUCGAUCUAGCUUGCCUCAGGUGUUGACCUUAGAAAGCAAGAUACUUUAUUUCGAAAAAAUCACCUCGUUUCGAAGGGGGGUAUUUGAGGGAUUCACAGCUGUCACCGCUCGUCUAUUAACCAGGCCGGUAAAUUUGCACGUGUUUCUAUUAUUGGCUUGGUUUCACGCUCUUGUAUCUGAAAUGUGUCGUUACACUCCGUUUGCAUUCAAAAGCAAAUUCGAAGUGAACGAUUCUGAUUUGCAGUGUGGAAUUAAAGUGCUUGAAAAUGCAAUUCUGACAUCUAAAGGACGUGUUGACUCCAUUCCUUGGGAAGAAAUCAGGAUUUUACUUGGAGAUGCUGUUUAUGGAGGCAAGAUUUCCAACUCUGAGGAUCACUCGUAUUUACGAAUGAUUUGCAGCCGUAUAUUCUCCAGUGACUCGCUUAAACUGGGAUUCAAUAUUAUCGAAAACAAGCUAACUUUGAAGAGCAAAGAGGUUCUACAUUUACCGGACACAAAUACUAUCCAAGCCUACCAUGCAUGGAUCGAUACCUUGCCAACGGAUGUCCCACUUUCAUGGCUUGGAUUGGAACAAAACGUCAAACACGCAAUGUCAUCGAAGUCAGGCGAAGAGGUGACUAAAAAGGUAUUGCAAUUGAUAGACACAGUUUAG